AUGCCGCUUCAAUCGGGUGGCGAUCGACAGGCGGUCGAGAGGCAGUUGAAAAUAGCGUUUGCUGGACGACUGCUAUUGUGCUGCUGCACCCACGAAGAGGAAGCCGAGCGCGUUGGGGGCGGAUGCGACGACGACAGCGGCGACGACUCAGGCACUGGGUGUGUCGGUUCCUUUGGUACGGACCUGGCGAUCCAAGGAUCCAAAUCACCUCGGACAGGCCUCAAGCUGGGAAGACGGAAGUGGCAGGUGUCUGGUGGUGUGCGUUGCACUCAGAGCCAGCGACGGGGGCCUUGUCUGGCGGCGGCGGUCGCGCGACGAGCAACGUGA